AUGCUCUGUCGGGCACCUGGCCGGGCGGGGCGGGAGCCCCGGCGCUCCAAGCCUGGGGGAGGAGCGCUCGCGCAGCGGUCCCUGACGCGAGCGGGCUCGGCCGCUGCUGCAGCGCUCCGCGCCCGGGCCCUGCCGAAGCCGGGUCUAGCAUGUGCCGCGGCUCCCCGGCGGCGGCGGCGGCGGCGGCUCUUCUGCAGCAACAGCAGCAGCAGCGGCCGCCAUGGCCAAGCCCAGCGCGGAGCUCACCCGCGAGCUGCAAGGUACGAGGCUGCCGAGGUCUCCGGGACGCCCCGUCCGGGAGCAUCCCAGACCCAGUUCAUCCUCCCCGCGGUACGCCCCAGCCCCGGUGCCUCCCACGUCCUCCCCACCCCCAUGCAUCCUGGCUCCACGGCAGCCCCUGCCCCGGCAUCCCAGCUUGGGCAUCGCUGGCCCCGGAGCAUCCUCUGCUCCCCCUCUCGCCUCACCCUGUCAGGACCUUCCUUGUCCCGCAGCCGCCCGUCCCGCUCUUCGGUGACAGGUGCAGUCCCCUUGCGCUCCCUGGGUCUGACUCUCAGCGCUCCGUCAGCGCUCCGGGCACCACCCCUCAGCGUGGCGUCCAGUCUCCCCUUUGGAGAGUCCCCGCUUUCCCGCCGGGAGAGGCCAGGCCGGCCCCGCAGGGCGGUGGGAGCUGCCCCUGGUCCUGACCGUGCUUGGCUCCACACCCUCCCUCCUCACGGCCCCGCCCCGGAACUGACCCUGGAGAGUGCACCCCCCCCCCCCCCAGGAGCCCGGCAGCGCCCAGACAGCAUCCGGAGGUACCUGAGCCAAGGGGCUGUGCUCCAACAGCACCGCGUGAAGCUGGAGAUCAAGCCCAAGAAGUUUGAGGACCGAGUGCUGGCCCUGACCUCCUGGCGCCUCCACUUCUUCCCCCUUAAGGUUCCAGCCAAGGUGGAGAGCUCCUUCAAUGUCCUAGAGAUCCGCGCCUUCAACACGCUCAGCCAGAACCAGAUCCUGGUGGAGACGGAGCGUGGCAUGGUGAGCAUGCGGCUGCCCUCGGCUGAAAGCGUGGACCAGGUGACCAGACACGUGAGCUCCGCCCUCUCCAAGGUCUGCCCUGGCCCUGGGUGUCUGAUCCGGCGUGGAAAUGCAGACACCCCAGAGGGGCCCCGAGACACAUCCCCCAACUCUGAGACUUCCACAUCUACUACUCACAGUGUCUGCGGUGGCUUCUCCGAGACCUACGCCGCCCUGUGCGACUACAAUGGGCUGCACUGCCGUGAGGAGGUGCAAUGGGAUGUGGAUACCAUCUACCACGCUGAGGAUAACCGGGAGUUCAAUCUUUUGGAUUUCAGCCACUUGGAGAGCCGGGACUUGGCCCUAAUGGUGGCAGCCCUGGCCUACAACCAGUGGUUCACCAAACUAUACUGCAAGGACCUGCGGCUGGGCUCUGAAGUGCUAGAACAGGUGCUACAUACCCUGAGCAAGUCCGGGAGCCUCGAAGAGCUGGUCCUGGACAACGCCGGGCUUAAGACGGACUUUGUCCAGAAGCUGGCCGGGGUGUUUGGGGAGAACGGGAGCUGUGUGCUGCAUGCCCUCACUCUGUCCCACAACCCCAUCGAGGACAAGGGUUUCCUCAGUCUGAGCCAGCAGCUCCUCUGCUUCCCCACUGGCCUCACCAAACUGUGCCUGGCCAAGACUGCCAUUUCCCCUCGAGGGCUCCAGGCACUGGGCCAGACCUUUGGGGCCAACCCAGCCUUUGCCAGCUCGCUACGAUACCUGGACCUGAGCAAGAACCCUGGGCUGCUCGCCACGGAUGAGGCCAAUGUGAGUCCAUGGAAUGUGGCCUCAAGCCCCUGCAGAAGCACGCUCAGGCUUCAGGGUCUGGGAGGCUUCCGCUCUGUGGCCCCUGGGGGUGAAGGGACUCCAUCAUCCCUUCUCCCAGCAUCCCCUCUGUCCUUCCUUCCCAAGGCCCUCUACAGUUUCCUAGCCCAGCCCAAUGCCUUGGUGCACCUGGACCUGUCGGGGACUGACUGUGCCAUCGACUUGCUUCUGGGCGCCCUGCUCCAUGGCUGCUGCUCCCACCUUACCUACCUCAACCUGGCGCGCAACAGCUGCUCCCACAGGAAGGGCCGGGAGGCCCCACCAGCCUUUAAGCAGUUCUUCAGCAGUGCCUACACACUGAGCCACGUCAACCUGUCUGCCACACGUCUGCCCCUGGAGGCCCUCAGGGCACUGCUCCAGGGCCUCUCCCUCAACAGUCACCUCAGUGAUCUGCACCUGGACCUCAGCAGCUGUGAGCUCCGCUCAGCAGGAGCCCAGGCCUUGCAGGAGCAGCUGGGGGCUGUCACUUGCGUGGGCAGCCUGGACCUGUCAGACAAUGGGUUUGACUCGGACCUGCUGACACUGGUACCUGCACUUGGCAAGAACAAGUCCCUCAAGCACCUGUUCCUGGGCAAGAACUUCAAUGUCAAGGCCAAGACCCUGGAGGAGAUCCUCCACAAGCUGGUGCAGCUGAUCCAGGAAGAGGACUGUUCCCUGCAGUCACUGUCAGUGGCGGACUCCCGGCUAAAGCUUCGCACCAGCAUCCUCAUCAAUGCCCUGGGCAGCAAUACCUGCCUGGCUAAGGUGGAUCUGAGCGGCAAUGGCAUGGAGGACAUUGGGGCCAAGAUGCUGUCUAAGGCCCUGCAGAUAAACUCCUCCCUCAGAACUAUCCUAUGGGAUCGGAACAAUACCUCUGCCCUGGGCUUCCUGGACAUUGCAAGGGCGCUGGAGAGCAACCACACGCUGCGCUUCAUGUCCUUCCCUGUGAGUGACAUCUCCCAAGCCUACCGCAGCGCCCCUGAGCGAACCGAGGAUGUCUGGCAAAAGAUUCAGUGGUGCCUGGUGAGGAACAACCACUCGCAGACGUGCCCCCAGGAGCAGGCCUUCAGGCUGCAGCAGGGCCUGGUGACCAGCAGCGCCGAGCAAAUGCUGCAGCGGCUAUGCGGACGUGUGCAGGAGGAGGUGCGGGCCCUGAGGCUGUGCCCCCUGGAGCCCGUGCAAGAUGAGCUGCUCUACGCUCGGGACCUCAUCAAGGACGCCAAGAACUCCCGGGCGCUGUUUCCCAGCCUCUAUGAGCUGGGCCAUGUGCUGGCCAAUGAUGGGCCUGUGCGACAGAGGCUGGAGUCAGUAGCCAGUGAGGUGUCCAAGGCAGUGGAUAAGGAGCUGCAGGUGAUCCUGGAGUCCAUGGUCAGUCUAACGCAGGAGUUAUGCCCCGUGGCCAUGCGUGUAGCCGAGGGGCACAACAAGAUGCUGAGCAAUGUCGCCGAGCGUGUCACUGUGCCUCGGAACUUCAUCCGAGGGGCACUGCUGGAACAGGCGGGGCAAGACAUUCAGAACAAGCUGGAUGAAGUGAAGCUCUCAGUCGUCACCUACUUGACCAACUCUAUAGUGGACGAGAUCCUGCAGGAGCUAUACCACUCCCACAAGAGUCUGGCCCGCCACUUAGCCCAGCUAAGGACACUCUCAGAUCCACCAGGGGGGGCAGGCCAAGGGCAGGAUCUGUCCUCUCGGGGCCGAGGCCGAAGCCAUGACCAUGAGGAGACCACAGAUGAUGAACUUGGGACCAAUAUCGACACCAUGGCCAUCAAAAAGCAGAAACGCUGCCGCAAGAUCCGCCCGGUAUCUGCCUUCAUUAGUGGGAGCCCUCAGGACAUGGAAGGCCAGCUGGGGAGCCUGGGGAUCCCCCCUGGCUGGUUCUCAGGCCUCGGGGACAGCCAGCCUACAGCUAGUGGCUCCUGGGAAGGUCUAUCCGACCUGCCCACUCACGGCUAUAAACUAAGGCAUCAAACACAAGGGAGACCCCGGCCCCCCAGGACUACCCCUCCAGGACCUGGCCGGCCCAGUGUACCAGUGCCCGGGACUCGUCAGGAGAAUGGGAUGGCCACACGCCUGGAUGAGGGACUAGAGGACUUCUUCAGUCGAAGGGUCAUGGAUGAAAGUUCCAGCUACCCCCGGACUUUAAGGACCGUGCGGCCAGGUCUCUCAGAGCCGCCACUGCCUCCACUACAAAAGAAGAGGCGCCGAGGCCUGUUUCACUUCCGGCGACCCCGGAGCUUCAAGGGGGAGAGAGGGCCGGGGUCCCCCACCACCGGGCUCCUCCUCCCUCCACCCCCGCCCCCACCCCCAACUCAGGAGAGCCCCCCCAGCCCAGACCCCCCCAGCCUCGGCAAUAACUCCUCCCCCUGCUGGAGCCCAGAGGAGGAGAGCGGCCUCCUCCCUGGAUUUGGAGGGGGCCGGGUACCUUCUUUCCGCAGGAAGAUGGGCACCGAGGUGUCAGAGCCAGGGGAGGGGGGACCGGCCCUUGGGGCAUUGCAACAGUCCACUCGGGUACACGGAGUUGCCCUUCCUGGAUUGGGAAGAGCCAAAGGUUGGAGCUUCGAUGGGCAGCGAGAGGGCACAGGCCCAGACCUGGAGGACAGCGCUUGGCAGAAACGACGCUCUUCAGAUGAUGCAGGGCCUGGAGCCUGGAAGCCCCCACCACCACCCCAAAGUACCAAGCCAAGCUUCAGCGCCAUGCGCCGAGCAGAGGCCACAUGGCAUAUAGCUGAGGAAAGUGCUCCCAACCACAGCUGCCAGAGCCCCAGCCCAGCCUCCCGAAAUGGGGAGGAGGAGAAGGAGGGGGCCCUAUUCCCAGAGAGGACAGUGCCAGCUAGGAAUGGCAAGCUGCAGGAGCCCCCUUUAGCUCCACGGCCACCCAAGCCAGUGGCUGUGCCCAGGGGCCACCGGCCCCCUCAGGAGCCAGGGGGCAGAGAGGAGGCCGAGGCUGGGAGUACAGCCCCAGGAGUGAACAAACCCCGGCUGAGGCUGGGCUCGCAGCAAGACCAAGAGGAGCUGGAGGCCCAAGGGCCCUCUGAGCCAAGCCGCCGGACCGCACCACUGAAGCCCAAGAGGACACGGCGGGCACAGUCCUGUGACAAGCUGGAGCCUGAUAGGAGACUGCCCCCUGACCCCACAGGUGGCAGUGGGGAGGGUGAGAGGGGGGGUCCCCUGCCCACGCAUCUAUCCAGCAUGCCCACACCACCACCACGGCUGGCUUUCCCUGCCUAGGAAACAGCGCUCCUGAAUUUGUCCCCAGCAGGAACCAGUGAGCCAGGAACAGACUGACGGCCACCGCAACACCCUCCCCAGCCCAACUCUCGACAUGUGCCUCACAAGGACUCAGACCCCCAUUCACCCUGCAUCCCCAGGCUUCUCUGCCAGCCCCCUAGCCCCACAGGGGCGGGGUGAGGCUCCAGGGAGCAGGAGGUGGGGGACAGAAAGGGAGGGAGCAACCUGGAGAGAGGGGUGCUCACUGCCUUGCUCUGCAGAGAGCUUGAGGGGCCUGCGUUCUCCUCCGGAAGGCAGAUCUCUGUCAUUGUAGCCCCAGGAGGCUCUCUCCCCACUUGUACAGAAUAAAAAGC